CCCAGCUCUCGCGAGAGCUCCCUGGCACCGCCGCCCGGCAGUUGUAACGGCCGUAACCUGGCAGUCGUUGUUUACGGCGGCGUAGCCAAUGGGAAGGCGAGGCGCAUGGGCGGUGCUGGGAAGCCAGGCCAAUGGGAGGGAGGGGCGGUGCGUUUAAACAGCGCGGGUGCCGAGGCCGGUCCCCCGGGAGUUUGUGGCGGUUGCGUCGCCAUGCCCGGCCGCCCUGACGACUACGAGGUGCUGCUCACCAUCGGCGCCGGUUCCUACGGCAAGUGCCGCAAGGUGCGCCGCAAGGCCGACGGCAAGAUCUUGGUAUGGAAGGAGCUCGACUAUGGCUCAAUGACAGAGGCAGAGAAACAAAUGCUUGUUUCGGAAGUGAAUUUGCUUCGCGAGCUGAGACAUCCGAAUAUCGUCCGGUAUUAUGAUCGGAUCAUCGACAGAAGCAGCACUACCCUGUACAUCGUGAUGGAGUACUGUGAUGGUGGUGACCUGGCUAGCUUAAUUGCAAGGUGCACAAAAGAAAGGCAUUACUUGGAAGAAAGCUUUGUUCUCCGAGUAUUGACUCAAUUGACAUUGGCCUUGAAGGAAUGUCACAGACGGAGUGAUGGUGGAGUCACUGUGCAUCGUGACCUAAAACCAGCAAAUGUCUUUCUAGAUGGCAAGCAGAAUGUGAAACUCGGAGAUUUUGGACUGGCUAGAAUAUUGCACCAUGACACCAGCUUUGCCAAAACAUUUGUUGGAACUCCAUAUUAUAUGUCUCCAGAGCAAAUGAACCACAUGUCGUACAAUGAAAAAUCUGACAUCUGGUCUCUAGGAUGUCUCCUGUAUGAAUUAUGUGCUCUCUCGCCUCCAUUUAGAGCUUACAACCAAAAGGAGUUGGCAGAAAAGAUAAGGGAAGGGAAGUUCAGACGAAUACCAUAUCGUUACUCAGAGCAGUUGAAUGAACUUCUCAAAGAGAUGCUGAAUGUAAAGGAUUAUUGCCGACCUUCUGUUGAAGAUAUUCUGCAGCACCCCUUGAUAGCAGAUUUGGUGACAGAAGAACAAAGACAAAAUUCUGAUAAAAGAGGCCGGAGAUCAUGGGAGCCAGAAAGGCUGCAGCAUUCAGAUGCUGCAGUGAAUGAGCUGAAACGGAAGGAACAACAAUUACAGGAGCGAGAACAAGCCAUUAAAGAGAGAGAGCAACGUUUGGAGCAGAGAGAACGGGAACUCUGUGUUCGAGAGAGACUGGCAGAGGACAAACUUGCUAGAGCUGAAAACCUGAUGAGGAACUACAAUCUCUACAAACAGCAGAGGACAUUAGCUUGUGCAGAUGGCCCAGAUAAUGCACUCCUGCUCCCCUUUUCUACAACCAAAAAGAAAGUACACUUUGAUGGAAGUGAAGAGAAUGCUGUGCCUCCUGUUAAUUUGGAAAACUAUCCCCUUUCUAAAGCGAAAUGCUCUGAUCUCAAGAAACGUCUAUAUGCUGCAAAUCUACGGGCUCAAGCACUGUCUGAACUGGAAAAAAACUAUCAACUAAAGAGCAGACAAAUCUUGGGCAUGCGCUGAAACUGUAACAUAGAUGUUAAAAAUGAUUAAAUGUUUAGGAAGAUACUUGUGCCUCCCUCUUUUAAGCUGGAACCUACUGACAAUUUAUUUUAACCGUUGUUAGACAAACUCUUAGUCUAUGAUAGGUAGUUCAUGAUAAAGGCAUAAGCGAUUAUAUAACAAAAACAGGUAGUUUUGAUACCAAAUCAAACAAACUGAACGAACUGUAUUAUUAAAGAAAAAAUAUUCUGGUCCUGUUUACCAUAGAUUACUCUUUUGCAAAUAUAAAGAAUGAAUAUUGUAAACCAGAUUUUUUAAAAUCUGGUGUGAAAAACUUUUCAGACGAAAUAUGUACAGAGAUUCACAAUCUGUAGGUUAAAAUAAUGCUGUAUGUAAUGUACAGUACUUGAUAAAAUAAGUAUUGAUAUUUUGUACAUGUGGAAAAACUGGCUUUUUGUCUGCACUUGUAAAUAUUUUUUAACUAUCAAAAGAGCAAAAAGAGAUUUUAUGUUAUCUCUUCCUACUAACUAGGUGACCUAUCAAAGCAGGCUACUUUUAGUUUAAUGUCUUUGGCUAAUGAGUGGGAUGGGUCAGCUUAGCAUAAUUGAUGAGUUUAUACUCCUUUCUGCCUGGGCAGCUGAAUGGCUUGUCCAUCAGCUCCUGAAAGGCCUGCUUCAGGGCAUAGCAUUUGAAACGAUACCUUCAGUGGUUUGUCUCGAAACUGUGUUAUAACCUGAUCUCCUGAGACUGCUGUCUUGGAAGGGACACCAUCCAGGGUAUUAGCACCUGUGUUUUGGGGAGGGGCAAUUGUACUUUGAAUAGCAAAUCCUAAUUUUCUUGAGGCUUAUGAGGUGUCUCCAUCUUUCCCUUCACAAUUCUCUGCUGGAGUAGGAGUUGCUUGCUUAAGGUGGUGUAAGUUUCAUGAACUAACUCAGACUUAUGAAUUAAAAAAAAAAUCCUUUGGAACUGUAAUAUCUGGCAUAUAUUUUACAUGAAAAAUUUUUAUCUCUCGGUUGAAAUGCCAUAAAACAUACAUUCUUAGAAAACAGCUAAUUUUCAAAACAUUUGUUUCCGUAUUGGGCCAUGAAUGUUAUCUAAGGAGGUAUUCUAGAUGGUUUUUACUUGAAAAAAGAGAAUCUUACUUGAAACAUCAAUUUAAUUUGGCAUAUUUGCUGAUAGACAUGUACUUGUGUCACCAAACAACAGUUCUGCUCUAGCAGAUUCUUAACCACCCAGCAGAGCUUAUCAUAUUUGCUUGUAUAGUGGUUACUGUUUUCACCACAGCCUUUGCUUAAAAGAAUUAGAAUAUGACCAUUUUGUUUGCUAGUCUAAAACUACCACUAUUCUGGUGGCCAUUACCCAGCACUAGGUGUGGUUGAAAUGUCUGGCAGGUAUGCACAGCCAAAGCAGCUGUGCCAUAUGGAUCAGUGCAGCUUUCCUUCUGCAUUCUUUCACAUUGUUGAAGAUUCUCACAAGUAUUUGAAGGGUGAAUCCCUGCUUUCUCACCAUGUUUGUACAUUCAGAUUUUUCUGUUCUGUGCCUCAACCAGAAAAUCUGCAAUGCAGUUCUACUGGCCUUCGUGUGGAUCUUUAUUGUAUAGCCCAUAAAACAUCAAAGAGUAGAAUAUGCAGUGGUGUUAGUCUAAUCUGAAAAAAUAUGUAGGAUGCAAGAAUUUUGUUGCAUGCUUUGUCAUCUGCAAAAUGCAGGUACUGAUUAGUGAAAGGAGGAAACCAAGCAACGAAGAAAAUAAAUUAGUAAUUGAUUCAGGAAAGACUGCAUUGUGAAAUGGCUGGUGUUUGCAAAU